UUCUCUUUUUGUCUCUCCCGCUUCCCUUCGACUGGGAGGCGAAGGGUAUUUCGUGAACGACGUCCCGGGAAGAACGACGAAACGUCGUCGUCGUCGUCGUCGUCGACGUCGACGUCGUCAUCGUCGUCGCUCCCUUGAUCGUCGUUCAGGUAGGCGGAUAGAGAAAAAGGAGACUGGAGGUGGAUUGGAGUGCCCGAUCUCCGUGUAGUUGCGGUGUUUCCUCGGGGUGGGGAUGGAGCCGGAGCAACGAGGACGCACUUCGCGGGCGUCGUCAACGUCGAGCCUCGGACGCGAGGUCCGUUGCGGGUGUCAGUUCUACCGGAGCGACUCGCUUCUGCCGGAACGACGUGCUCUCCUCGUCAGACCGUCAUCCAGAACGAUGCAGCAGCCACCUGCGGUCCGCUGCAGCGAGCACGACUACGAACCGAUCGCGCCGCCGCCGCCGUCGUUGCCGCAUCCGGCGAUGGCACCGGUCGUGCGAAUCACCGACACGGACGUGAUGCCCGUCGCCGACAGCGACGACAGCAUCGACGACCGGGGCCAGCUGCCGCCGGAAUUGAUCCUGGACGGCGACGUGAUCCUCCCCCUGGAUGGCAAAAUCGAGGACAGCGCGAUGGAGGGCCGCGAACUCGGUGAAACCGGCGGUGACACCUCCGAAGAAUUGGAACCCACGGCGCAACAGUUUCAGGAUAGGCUUGAGGAGCGAUUCCUCGCAUCCACUCCCUACACAGAAUCCAGAACCGAUGGCGAGGUCAACACUAGUCAGGUAGACUCGUCAGUGGUGGAAGAGUUGCCGCUUCGACGCGGCGCUCGCGGCCUACCUCAACGCCUGAAGACGCAGGCUAAUAAGCUACGCUCUCGGCUCCGUGGUUUCCAGCGGCCCACGUUCUCGUUCCCGCAGAAACGGCAAAAACCCGAAAAAGUAACGACGACGACGACGACGACGACGACAACGACGAUGGCGAGAUCAGCGGCGGCUAGCAGCGGCAAGUCGGACAAGUCCCGUAAGUCCGUGGAGAAGCGACCCAGCAGAAUCGAUCGGAUAAGAACGUCCAUCUCCGAGAAGACAGAGAAAUUCAACCUCGAACGGCCGAGGUUCAGUCUGCCAGAUAGAUCCAAAUUUCACCUGCCGGAGAGACCGAAGUUCAGUUUACCGGACAAGUCGCGUUUCCACUUGCCGGAUAAGUCGAAGUUCAACAUCAAGAAGCCCAACAUCCGUCUGCCCAGCGCGCUCACUCGCGUUAAACGGCCGCCUCCCUUACGCGAGCAACAACAGCAGUAUUCGACAGAAUCCACUGCUGGCUCCAAGCGUAAUAUCUUUGAUUUCGCCACGUAUCCGCGCAUCUUCGAUAAGAAGUCCAAGAAGCGCGGCGAGUAUGCGACGUCUUCGCCUAAAGACUUCAGGACUCAAUCAGUAGAGAGCACGACCUUUCCUCGUACUCAGAAGACAAAAUCUUUUGGCACCAGGUGGGCGCAACGUUUUGGAGAUUCGGCUUACGUUCAGGAUCAAGAUCGUCCAGAGGAAGCAGCAGGAAGCGAGGGGUCUCCUCCGUGGCAUCAAAGUUCAAUGGAAGAACCGCCGAGAUUGUCCGCUGGAACAGAGGAGGAAAUAAUGGCGGCGGCUCAUGCGAUUCCAUGGGAAGAUACGAAAAAGCGAGAACAGUACGAAGAAGAGGAGAUACAGUAUAUGGACUACGAACAGGAAUCAUCAGAGAUGUCGGAUCGGCACCCCGCUCCUCCGAAAAGAUCCUACAAGUCGCGAAGGCGGGAGGAAUCGUACGAACACGAAGAAGUAAUGGAGGUGGAUCCGAAAUUAUACGAUCAAGAGAUGAAACACGUUCACCGAGAUGACACCGAAGAGAACGAAGAUGCGGCAGUACAGGAUGAUUGGCAUGCAGAACAGCAGAUGAUGCACAAGGAGAAAUUCAGACCGAUUCCGAGAUCACGAUCGUUGGACGAGGACAUGCCACGAGUUCUGGAGCAAGAGAGGUACGAAGGAGCGUUCAUGGCGGUGGAUCCGAGGCGAUUUGGACUACGUAAGAUGACAUCCGAAGAGGAAGAAGGCGAAGAAGAACGCGAGCCUUCCUCGAUACAGUCUGAUCGAGAGCAGCAAGCAUCCAGCGGCAGUUCCUGUGAUCGAAGACGUCGCGGAGUGAUAGAGGAGAUCGACUCGGACGAGUUCUUUUUACGACAGAGCGGUAUCAGUCAGGAUGACAUGAAUCUGGGCAAUUACUUGACCGAUGAAAUCCGAGAUGCUCUCAGAGCAGAAGUCAUCAAUGUGUUGCAAGACGACGAGCUUCCAUCUACUCCGCCUCAACGUCCUGUGAGAACGCGGACUUUGAGAAAGCACAAAGAAGAUUUAGCAGAGUCCAACGAGGCAGUACCACCGGUCAGACCAAAACGGGAACGAUCGGCAGCGGUGCGACACAGUCGAGAGGCAUCGAUCGAGAUGAUUCGUGAGCGCACCAGGAGUGAUUCUAGAAGUGAUUCUAGACAUCACGUGGUGUACCAAACGGAGGGAGAACAACCGGAACCGUUACAGGAGCCAUUGGACGACAUAGUCGUGGUGAAACCGGUGCGCAGAAAGUCGAGGUCAUCCUUGCGUAGUCAUUCGCAGCCACCGAUGGAAACGUCGAUACUCUCUCCUUCGACACCUAUUACUGCCGCACCCGAUUCAUCUGCUACUCUUUCAACUAUGCCACCGAUCGUACCAACACGCAGAAAGCGUUCGCAUCGCGAAACGAUAAUGGACCGAAGAAACGGCGACGUAAGCGCACCGAUUUGCAACGGUCAUCGCGACGACUGGAAAAUCGAAAUCAUCGAAUCCAGGAAGCCGAUAAUUCCAGCAAGAUCGUCGCGAUCACGGCAAUCGCUAACCGAGCGAUUUGCAAAUGGCGACGUUGUCAUGUCCGCAAGUCACGAGGACAUCGAGAACUUAGAGAACGCGCGACUUCAACGACAGGACACUGCGCCAGAACCGGUACCGAUACCGCCGAAAAGACGAUCCCGUUCGAGGACCAUGUCAGUCGUUGACGAGGACAGAACAUCGCACGGUGCGGAGUCUCUGCCAGAAGCUGGUUACAUCGAGGAGGACAUACCGCGAGAGGAGGAAGAGAAUAGCUCGGCGCGAGAUAUCUCGGGUUAUGCAAUCGUAGAGAAGCGGGAAAAGCCGCCCAGACCACCACCGCCCAGAAGAAAACGCGACAAGUUCGCUACGACGCCGAGACCGACCCCGCCUAAGCGACCUCAACGAGCGUAUAGUACUCUAAGACCCACUACAACAAGGGACGUCAGCAUGACGUCGGACUCGAUCAUCAGUAUGACUCUAAUACCAUCCGAAUCUGCGCCAUACAUCGAGGUCGACGCGGAUGAGAUUGAACAUAGGGAUUUUCGCAGCGGCGAAUUGCUCAACAAGAUCCAAGGGCGCCCGCUUCCGGCGCCACCGCGACCACCCAGGAUAAGAAAGGAACAUGCGAUGGCUGGACGACCUCGCACUCCGUUUGAAUAUGAAGAGACAAUGGAGACGACGGCGGCGACACAGACCGAUCCAUUGCCAGACGAUAUGGUGAUUGAGGAAUUAGAGAUCACCCAGGCGAAACUUAUAAUGACACCUUCUAGAUCAGGCUCGCAGAUAAUGGUAUCGAUGGAACGUAUACCCAGUCCAAACAGAACGACCACACCUCCCGUGCCUCCGUUACCAAUCCUACAGUUUUUACGAAAAGAGGAAGAAGAAGAAGAGGAAGAGGACGAAGGAGAGGAAGAACGGCUUCCAAAAGAAGAGGACAUCCGAAUGGCAUACGAGACUGUAUCACUAACGUCACCAUCGCCCACGAGAGAAAUCGACUUUCGAGAGGAAUCGAAGCACAGAUCUGCGCCGCAACUGGAGGAACACGUCACGGAAGAACCACAAUCGCGACCUCAAGUCAGGUCGAGUUUUCUGUCCGAUGAGCCACUGAGAAUCAGCAGUCUCGAAGUCGGAGAUUUAAAAGUUGAUCGACUGAGCGUGUCGCAGAUAGAAGCGCACAAAAUCGUGGCGUCCGAGGUGGACGCGAUGAUGAUUACGGCAUCGGAAUUGAGAGGCGGUGAUUCCAUGGAGGAAAGUUUGUCGCCGGCCAUCAUCAGAGAGCUGAUAGCCAUCAGGAGUCACUUGGAGACCGUGAUAACUACCCAGGCACAAGAAAGAUAUCGCGAGAGCGAAAAGGAGUCCGCGAGCCACAAGAUAACCGACAUUCCCAUCAAGGAUAAUAGUCCAGUUCAAGAGCGACAACCUGCGUCGCAGAAUGUUCCGACGGAAGCGGCGAAGCCCAGUGAGACUGUCGUAAAUGAACCAACGUCUACGGAAGAUGAGAAGACCGAUGCUGGCAAGGAUCAAAAGGUUGUUAAAACAAACGUAGUAGAUAUCAGAGACAAAGAGAUAUCACAUCCCCUCUUAGUUGCUCAAGCCAAAGAAUUCCCUUCCCCACAGACACUUACGAUAGAUGAAUUAGAGUUCGAGGGUAAAGAAUCUACCACACACUUGUUCACGGUCGCUCAAGAUAAGUCCUUACGAAUUUUAGAUUCCGAACAUCCCCUAACUUUGAGUCCGCGAACCACGUCGGGCUCCCACGUGGAUGAAUCUCGUGCCUCAUAUCCUCCAUCGGAUACGCCUUCAACCCGGCUUUCCGAAUCGAGAGAAUAUCCUCCGUCGGAUGCGCCUUCAAUCCAGCCUUCCGAAUUGAGAGAAUCGCCGGAGCGUGUCGGCGAAUCUCCGAGUAUCUCUGUCCAGACUACUAGUACUACUAUUACUACUACUACAACUACUACUACUACUACUACUACUGCUACUGCUACUAUCACUACUGCUACUACCGAGCUGGGCGCAAUGUCUACGGAUCUUUGUAGCAGCAAGGACGAUGUGUCCGAUAGUAAAGAACAGACUCCUCGCAAGUCAAGAUCUAGAUCCUCCUCGCCUACUAAAGGUAUCAUACGGCAAACCGCAUCUCCGGUUCGUUCAUUGCCACCAGCCAUUUCCGUAACCCCUGAUAUGUCGACCCCUGAUUCAACCGUACCAAGACACGGUGGUACUUCCGCGGACGCUAAACCACAGCGUGCCGUCAUUUCCUAUUCUUCGGACACGAGACACGGUGUCCCUAAAGACAGUCAACCACAGCGUGCUGUUAUUUCCCAGUCUUCCAACGCGGGACAAUCCCUUACGGAAAAGCAAAGGGAGUCCUCUCAAUCGCCAGUAUCUUCCUUUCCUUUGAGCUCGACUCACUUCAUCGCCUUUCCAGCUUCCGAAAUUCCAGCUCAGUUCUUUUCUCUGAGUGAAACGCCAACAAGUCAACGCUCUGAUAUAGAACCCAGCGUUUUAGAUACUACGCAGCAGCUUCUUCGAGCACUCCGAUUGGCUGGUAUAAAAGCCAUGAGGUAUUUUAUAGGGUAUUUAGCGUCUACGUUAAGUAUGGACGACACGAGAGAGAAGAUAAGAGACGUGGAAUUAACGAUAUGCGCCUUGUUACUUCUGAUCGCAGGCUUGUUGAUAUAUUAUUUCAGUAGCACACGAAUUGUAACACAUCAUCAUCAUUGGGAUUAUUUUAAUCCCCCUCAAUAGCACUUCUACAAUCCAAUUUACCAGAGAAGUUCGUAAAUAGUUCAUUGGUUUAUAGAAGUUAAAAUUUCAUAUUGCAUAAAUCUGUUUUGUACAACAAUUUUGUCUUAAAGAAAAUACUAGGAUAUGACGAAGUAAGGAAUUCGAAUUGAAUUAGAGUUCUUGUACACAUAUCAGAAUGAAAAGUGCCAGAUUUGUAAAAAAUAAAUUGUAAUUAUAUUAUUAAUA